AUUGAAUAAGGCAUCUUGCAAAAUAUUCACAUUAUUAAUAAUGAAAAUAUAAAUGGACUGAUUUUAAAACUUGCACUAUUCCUUAAUGUUGUUUCCUUGGUAACGAGUUUUGCUUUGUGUCAAAACAAUAUGCAUGAAUGCACAUGUUGAGUGUGGUACAUGUGAUAUAACCCACUGUAAAGCAAAAGAAUAUUAUUUAUUAAAGUUUUGUGGUUCAUUAUUGUAAUUCUCGUUAUGUCUACAUUUAUAGAAAACGUGCAUAUAAAAGAUGGAGAAUACACUAAAAUAAUAUAUAAUAUGAUAAAGGAACAGCGAUACACUGAAACUAUUAAAAUCUUGCUAAAUCUUUUAGAUUCUCAUCCUAAUUCUAGACCUUGUUUGUCUCUUCUGGCCCAUUGUUACUUUUACACGCAAGAUUUCAUGGCCGCAGCUCAAUGUUACGAGAAACUGGUUCAACUGUGUCCAGAGGAGAAUCUUUAUAAGCUCUACUAUGCUCAGUCUUUGCAUCAAGCUUGUAUGUUCCCGGAAGCAUGGACGAUCUGUUCGAGCAUCAUCAAUCAAAGUAAUAUGGAAUUCAAGAUAAAAAAGCUGCAGGCAGCUAUAAAAUAUGGACAGGAAGAUAUGGUAGCUGCGAAGAAUCUCGUGGAUCAAUGUCCCGCUGACGAUGUGGAUACAGAAAUCAACUUGGGGUGUCUCUUAUACAAGGAGGAGCAGUACGAGCAAGCUCUCAAGAAAUUUGCAAAUGCAUUGCAGAUCGCGGGAUUUAGGCCUCAUUUAUCAUAUAACGUUGCUCUUUGCUACUUCAAACUGAAAGAGUACGCAGCGUCGUUAAAGCACAUUGCCAGUAUUAUCGAGCACGGUAUAAGGGAACAUCCAGAAUUGAGCGUAGGCAUGGCCACCGAGGGUAUCGAAGUUCGAAGCGUUGGGAAUACAUUGACUCUGCACGAGACAGCUCUGACAGAGGCGUUCAAUCUGAAAGCUGCUAUCGAGUACCAAUUGCAAAAUUAUGACGCAGCGAAGGAGGCGUUAACGGAUAUGCCGCCACGUUCCGAAGAGGAGCUCGAUGCCGUUACUUUACAUAAUCAGGCAUUAAUAAAUAUGGAUACAAAACCGAGUGAAGGUUUCGAGAAACUACAGUUUCUGCUACAGCAGAAUCCCUUCCCACCUGAGACCUUCGCCAACCUGUUACUUCUAUAUUGUAAAUAUCAAUAUUACGAUCUUGCCGCUGAUGUUUUGGCCGAAAAUGUACAUCUGACUUAUAAAUAUCUGACGCCGUAUCUGUAUGAUUUUUUGGACGCACUAAUAACACAACAAACUUCGCCGGAGGAGGCAUAUCGCAAAUUCGAUGAUCUCGCUAAUAAACAUACGGAAACACUUCGCAAGGCGACUAAGCAGGUUCAAGAAGCGAGGCUAAAUCACGAUGAUAACGCCGUGAAGAAGGCUGUUAACGAUUAUGAGGAGGCUCUCGAUAGAUAUGUUCCCGUGUUAAUGGCGCAAGCAAAGAUUUACUGGGACCUGGAGAACUACACUCAAGUGGAGAAGAUCUUCAAGAAGAGCGUCGAAUUCUGUAAUGAACACGAUGUAUGGAAACUCAAUGUGGCUCAUACGCUGUUUAUGCAGGAAAACAAAUUUAAGGAUGCGACGCGUUUUUACGAACCGAUCGUCAAGAAGAAAUAUGACAACAUCUUGGAUGUGAGCGCUAUAGUCCUCGCAAAUCUUUGCGUCAGCUACAUCAUGACUUCGCAGAACGCGGAAGCCGAGGAGUUGAUGAAAAAAAUCGAGAAAGAGGAGGAGGCGAUAUCUUUUGAGGAUCAAGACAAGAAGCUCUUUCACUUGUGCAUCGUGAACUUGGUAAUCGGGACGUUGUAUUGUUCCAAGGGUAACUACGAGUUCGGCAUAUCGCGAGUGAUGAAGAGCUUGGAGCCGUAUAACAAAAAACUCGGCACUGACACUUGGUUCUACGCAAAGAGAUGUUUUCUGUCGCUUCUGGAACAAUUGGCGAAACAACUAGUAGUCCUGAAGGAUUCCACAUUACAAGAAUGCAUCCAAUUUCUGGAGCACUGUGAAGUUUACGGCAAGGACAUAAUGACGGUGAUAGAUCAACCGUUCGACAUACAGGACAUGCUAAAUGUUUCACCUCAGGGCAAACGGACGGUCGUCUACGAAGCGCGGUAUCUAAAGGCGUUAUUCUUGAAGCUGCAAAUGUCUUAAAUUCAUAUACGUAAAGAAGGACUUGUAUAUAUUAUUAUAUACAAUUUAUUUGGCAA